AUGAAGAGGAGGAUGGGCAGUGUAAAUGCUCUACAUCAGCAUAACGCUUUAGUUCAGAUAAUUUUCAAUAGAACGGAUCUGUUGCGAGUUCAAAUCCUUCAUGAGGAUCCCUUGGUCGUUAGCUUGACAGUGGCAGAAUGCUUGGUUCGAAGAGUUUUAAUUGAUCCAGGGAGUAGUGCGAACGUCAUGCCAAAGGUAACAUUUGACCAGCUUGAGAUUGAGCCAGAGAAGUUUAAACCUACCAAAAAUCCACUAUUGGGAUUCGAUGGAAAGCGGGUGGAACCUAUUGGAAUGGUUGAAUUGCCAGUGCGAACUACUGAAAGAGAUCUGAUUGAAAGCUUUGUAGUCGUCGAGAUCCACCCAUCCUAUAAUAUUUUAAUGGGAAGAGGGUGGAUUCAUAGGGUCCAAGGUGUCCCAUCGACUUUGCAUCAGGUGAUGAGGUGUUUAAGCCCAGAUGGGAGCAAGGUGAUUGAUAUCCAUGGGGACCAGAUUGACCCUCUGAGGCCAGACAGAACCACAAUAGUGGGGUUAGGGCUUUCAGAAGAUGAGAAACAACAGUUGGUUGAUUUCCUGUAUCAGAACACAGAUAUGUUUGCCUAG